AUGCCCGACCAUCCGUCUUAUCGUUCCUUUUUUGACGACUCUCUUGACCUUCAAUACGGGUUGUAUGUCUCUGCCUUGCUACCCCCUGGAGUUCGUUUUCGUCGCCUCCUUCAACACCUUCAUUUUUCACUCCCUGCAACCUUUCGAGUGGGCGAGAGCCGCACGCCACCUUGGCUCCAGGCUCAGGUCCGCGUUCACCUCGACCUCAGCUCGCUCCCAAAAGAGGUCACCCCCGGUUCGGUCUACCACUCCCGUUUUUUGGAACUUCGUUCGAAGUUCAUCGACAUGACUUUAAUUUAUACAGAUGGCUCUAAGACCAAUGACGGGGUCGGGUGUUCCUUUAUUGUUGGGGCACAAAGUUUCCAAUACCGGCUCCAUGGCCAUUGUUCGGUCUUCACAGCUGAGCUCUUUGCCCUCUACCAGGCUGUUCUUUACAUCUGCCGCCACCGACAUUCUGCUUAUGUCAUCUGCUCAGAUUCCCUGAGCGCCAUCCAGAGCCUCAGUGAUCCGUACCCGGUUCACCCUUUCGUACACCGGAUCCAACGCUCUCUUCAGCAGCUGGUGGACGUCGGUACGCCGGUUAGCUUUAUGUGGGUUCCUGGCCAUGUCGGUAUCCCUGGGAACGAAGCUGCAGAUGCCGCGGCCAAGGCUGCGGUCCUCCAGCCUCGGAGAGCUUCUUGUUGUGUCCCUUCGUCCGAUCUUAGCAGGGUCAUUUGUCGGCGCGUUGUGUCGCUGUGGCAUGCCGAUUGGGCUGCACUUACCGACAACAAGCUUCGGGCCUUAAAACCUCUUCCCGUGGCUUGGACGUCCUCCUCACGCCCUUCUCGGCGGGAGGAGGUCGUUUUAGCAAGGUUACGAAUUGGACACUGCCGGUUCAGCCAUCGCCAUCUGCUGACGGCUGCGCCGGCGCCGUUCUGCCCAUGUGGGCACUUGCUGACGGUUAGACACAUUUUAAUGUCCUGUCCAGAUCUUAACACACUGCGCCUCGAUCUUAACCUGCCUAAUACUUUAGAUGCCAUUUUAGCGGAUGACCCACGAGCAGCUGCUCGUGUUCUUUGUUUUAUCAAUUUGACAAACCUCGCUAAGGACAUUUGAUGAUGCUG